AUGGUCGCCUCGAGUAAGACUUCGAUGUCUGAUGGAAUGGAGGAAGGGGACUCGGAAACGAGCCAAGGCCAGGCUCUAGAUGAGGAUGGUAUCAGUUCGGGUGAUGAUGAGCCUUUUUAUGAUGGAGUUCCUAUGAAUUGGCUCCUAUGCCGUGGUGAUGCACUUGCUUUUGCUGACGGCGUCGAUUUGUAA